CCGCUCUGUUUUCUCUUGCUGUUCCUGCAGGCUUUGGAAAUCUCGGGGAAGCUGAAACUCAACUUUCGUUAGAAGGGAGGAUUUCAAACCAGUCCUGCUUUGCAGGGAGGUGCUGGUUCUGGUAUCUGGGAAGGGCUAUCAGAGUAGAAAGGUGGAGAAAGUGUUGUAUAUGGAAUUAGCUCUGGUAGAAUCCCCAUUGGCUCUGCUCCCUGUUCCAAGAAAACUUUGGCUUUGGAGUAGGCUGUUGCCAUUGUGCAAGACGCUUUGAUUUGUGGAGCACUCCAUUUAUCCUCUGUCUGCUUUCCUCUACAAUUCUGUCUUUUUCUUUCUUUCUUUUCUUUUCCUUAAAGUAUUCUCUGUGCUUUGGCUUGUCAUAAACUCAUAGAACAUUUUCACCUGGAAGGACAUUAGAGAGCUCUCUGAGAACCUCCUGUCAGAAUACAUCCAGGUCAGGUUUUUCCUUUCUCUCUCUUGUCCAAUUUUAAGCAUCUCCCCUAGUGAACACACCUUAUUAUGUCCAAUUGAUUCCUGUAUCCAGUUUGAAUUUUCCGUGUUGCAGUGAUUGUUGCCUCUUAUUCUGUCACUGUCAGUCUCAUUUUUUUCUUUAAUUUUUUGUCAUCUCCUGCAUUGAAGCUGUAGUGCACCUGUCCUGUGGCAUGGCAUUCUCCCAUUCCAGAGGUAGAACAUUGCAUCUGCCUUUGCUGACCUUCAUGAGGAUUUUAUAGGCCCAUUUUUCCAGCUUGUAUAUUCCAGGCUUGUGAUGCUCCUUAGUCAAAUUUAUAUCCAGCAUUGAAAAAAUAAAGUAUAAGUUACUUUAUUCUUCUAAAAUGAAUUCAUUUUAGCCAUUUUUAAUGUGUUUUUAAAUAGCUUUUGUGGUUUGCAGAGUAUCCUCAUGGAUUCUAUUUUUAAUAAUAGCUAUUCCUGUUGGGUUUUUCAGAUAUUUGCUUUACAAAAUGCUGAGAUAAGUCUGAUAUUUCAGAGAAAGCCCAAUCUCACACAGUAAAAAUGGAGGAUUUUUAAGAUUAUUCAAACUUGGCACUCAGGCUAGAAAAGUGGAGAGGGAAUAAAGUGCACAGCUAAACCUAUGAAAAUAAUUAUGGCAGAGGUCUGUAAAAUCUGGAAAAUCAUAGCUAAAGGCACAAGGGGAACUGAUAGUUUCUCCUAAUAUUUGUCCUAUGACUAACACUGAAAUGCAACAAGCUUAGAGCAAACAAAGGGGAGUAUUUUUUCACACCAUGGCCCAAAAAACCCCGAAUCAGCCUCUCAAGAUGUGGAGAUUUUCUUUUUUGUAGACAAACCCUCUGAAUUUAAAAGGGCUUUAGGGGGUUAAUAAGAGGUACAGGCUGCCUGCCAGGAUUUGUAGGCUUACAGGAGAGAUAAUCAUGGAUUCCCUUAGCCAGAUAUUUGCUGUACUGUUUCCAGCUUACAACCUUGGCACUCAGUUCUGUACUUUUGCUUGACUUUCUCCUCCUAUCUCACCUUUGGAACGGGCUGGACUUGUGGACUUCACUCUCUGCACUCGUAAACACGUGGAGGGUGUUCAUGUGCUGCUCAAAAUCCAGUGUCCCAACUUCUAUGAACUUUUGCUGAACUUCUGUGAACUUUUUUUUUUUUCCCCCAACUUUUCUGAGCUUGGCCUCAGGGGUUUGGGUUGAGGGGGUUUUCUUACCUCUUUAGUGUUGUUUUAUAGGGUUUUGUUUUAGUGUCUCACAGAUGAGACAAGUUUGGCUGAAAUGUUAGCAGAGCUUAACUGGGUGGGAGUGAUUAUGUACCAAAUAUGAGGAUUUGAGAGGCCUUUGUGCAGGGUGUGUUUCUGCAACUCUGAGUUCACUACCUGAGUACGUGCUGCCACCUUAAGGCUUGUUGAAUGCUGCAUCACCUCAUCAUUUGAGAUCUUUUCCCACAGAAAUGAGGAAAUGCAGCCCUGGCAGGUGAGAAUCCCUUGCCUCCACUUCCUGUCAUUUUUGGUCUUUCAAUGCUACCCCACGGCCAGCUAGAGCCACAGUUCUGCUUCACCAGCUGCAGAAUGGGACUGCAUCAAAUCACGGAACUGUUAAAGCUGGAAAAGCCCUCUAAAAUCAGAGUUCAACCAUUAAUCCAGCACUGCCAGGUCUACCACUAAACCAUGGCCCCAAGUGUUCCAUCCGCACAUUUUUUGAACGUUUUCAGGGAUGGUGAUUUCACCACUGCCCUGGACAGCCCCUUCCAGUGCUUGACAACACUUCCACGAAGAAAUUUUUCCUAAUAUUCAAUCUGAACCUCCCCACUGAUGUCUGAAAUUCCUUCCUAUUUAGUGCAUUUUCCAUAAACAUUACAGUCCUUUUUGGUGGCUUUUAAGAACCCCUUUCCUUUAAUAGGCCACAUGGAGGACCUCCUCUCCAAAUGAACAUUUUAGGACACACUUAGUCUUAAUCUUGGAAUAACACUUAGGAUUAGCCUCAGAGUGUAUUUAUCACACUCAGGUGCCUUUGGCAAAGGUAGCCAUUUCAUGGAUCAGAUUUCCCAUCAUUCCUACCUGCUCCAAGAGAACCCUUUCAGGCCUGGAGAGACUGCUCAGAGUUCACUCUGUUCAGGAAUGCUUGGUUGGGGGAUCUAAAAGAAUCUGUCUUCUCCAGUCAGCUCUUGUCCAGGUACCAUUCCUGUAUCUUGUAUUGCUCUUGUAAACUUGCAAACUUUUGGCAUCCAGCUUUUCCCUGCCCAUGUGGAAUAUGCCUUAAUGGCAGGUGAGAUCUGCUUGGCCAGGCCCUUCUGUCCACGAGUAUGGACUUCCACAUACCACGUACCACAGCCUAGCCUUCUGAAAUUUGGGAAAGGGGCUGUUAUUAAGAGCUUUCAAACCCAUUUGUCCUGUAGCCUCUCACCCCAAAGUCCCGUGGCCCCUCUUGAGCAAGAGCCUCAUAUUCUGCUGCGUCAUUGCUUUUCAAAAAGAUGUUUAGCCUCGAGCCAUUCACCUCUAAACUCUGAUGGCCCCUCUUGAGCACAAACUGUGCUUUCUGCUCUAUCACUGCUUUGCUAAAAAGGUGAAAGGUGGUUGGUUAAUGUGUUACCCAAACUUUGGUGACUCUGCUGCUCCAUGUGCCAGCUCCUGCUUGCCAUGGAGAACAUUCUCUUUGAACUCCAGCCACCCUCCUGAGCAAAGACUGGGGGUUCAGGUCUUGUUUGUCAACAGUGCAACACAAUUCUUGUGAUACAAGCUCUGUGGAGUGGCCAUAAAUUUGAUUACUGAGUUGAAUCUGGCCCAGGACAGUGGAGCGCACAGUGAGUCACUUGAAACAACCCUGACACAGCAAAACCCCUCCAUGAACAACUUUUGCUUUUUCUACCGAUUAUUCUGAAUAAUCUGAGAUAACCUAAAUGAAUAGCAAAGCAUAGCUGCCCUGAUAGCACUUUAAUCAAGGCUUUUAUCAGCAAUAUGGUCUUCGAACUCCAAUAACUUGUAUCAGUAAACAUUUUGUAGAGAUAAGACAUUGAAGUCCAGCACAAUAUAAAUGAGGUACAAGGAGGUUUUUCUUCAUAUGCUGCUGAACAACAUAAGGAGGAGCAGCUAGUUUCUUUUCCUGCCCCAUGACAGUUAUGUGGGGGCACCAGGUACAUGCUGGGCUUGUGCUUUUCCUUGCUUUCUGGAGUCUGGCAGAUGGUGGGAAGCUCUUGGUGGUGCCUCAGGAUGGAAGUCACUGGCUGAGCAUGAGGAUGGUCCUGGAGAAACUCUGGGAAAAGGGGCACGAAAUCGUGGCCGUGGUUCCUGAUGCGGCCUUGCUCUUGAAAAGCUCCCAGUCCUUCACCAUCAAAACGUACUCGGUGCCUUACAGCCAGGAGUUUGUGGACCAAUACUACCAGAAGCUGGGGGAAGAUAGCUUUGAGACCCUGACGCUCUCAUUUUUACUCAGCAACAUCACAGAGCUGACCAACAUGUUCACUUCUGCUUGUCGGCAUCUCUUAUCUGACAAAGAACUCAUGAAGUACCUCCAGGACAGCAAAUUCGAUGCCAUCAUGAUGGACCCUGUGCUGCCCUGUGGGCCAAUUCUGGCUGAGUAUCUCUCCCUCCCUUCUGUGUACUUCAUGCGUGGCCUUCCUUGUACCUUAGACUACAAGGCCGCGCAGUCUCCCAGCCCUGUAUCCUAUGUGCCCAAGACUUUAUCAUCUCUUUCCGACCACAUGACCUUCCCAGAGCGCGUAAAGAACUUCCUGAUCGGGCUCUCAGAGCCUUUGCUUUGCCAUCUGUUUUAUUUGAAAUAUGAGAGCUUGGCCUCAGAGUUCCUGCUGAGGGAUGUAACGAUACAGGAGCUGUUCAGCCAAGCAUCAGUUUGGCUGAUGAGAUACGACUUUGUUUUUGAGUAUCCGCGCCCCAUCAUGCCCAACAUGGUCUAUAUUGGAGGCAUCAACUGUCUGCAGAAGAAGCCACUCUCAAAGGUUUGUUGUUGCUUACCCUGAGGGUGCUUGUUCAAGAUGUGCUUUCUUUAAGCGUUUCCUGUAGUGAUAUUUGUGUGCUUGAGGCAGGGUGUGAUCAAAUCCCAGGAUGGCAUGGGAAUCUUAGGCUUUGAGAUGAUCACAAGGCUUGCUGAAGGGUUUUUCUCCAGGAGAGCUUAGGUUGAGUUGUCACCAUCACUCUUGGUAUGCUCUAUGUCCAGGCAAAUAACAAAAUAAUUCUAGGUCAGAGGAUUUAAUAUCCCUAAGGAAUGUGAAAUGACAGUUAAUUGCAGGAGACUUUAUUGGACAAAAAUUAGAAAUACAGAAUUAACUCUGUGGAUAUACCCAGGCACUUUUGCUGUGCCACUGAACAUGAAGCUGGGUGAAGCACAGAGCAUCAGGAGACCGGGUCAGGCUGGGUUUUAGGAAAAAGUUCUUCCCCCAGAGGGUGCUGGGCACUGCCCAGGCUCCCCAGGAAAUGGGCACAGCCCCAAGGCUGCCAGAGCCCCAGGAGCGUUUAGACAAUGCUCUCAGGGAUGCACGGGGUGGGAUUGUUGGGCUGUCUGUGCAGGGCCAGGGUUUGGAUCAAUGAUCCCUGUGGGUCAGGAAAUUCUAACCGAGGAUUUUCCAUGUGCACCAACAGCCCAAAACCAGGGGUGUGCAAAGACGGCAGAGGGAGCUCUGUUGCCUCUGGAUUUGGUCAAGCAGCAGUGCAAGAUAGCAAAUAAGAGGAUGGUUGGGAAAGGAAGCCUUCAGGAUUGUAACUACUGUCCCUUGUUCAGAUUCCCCUCGUGCUGUGCAAACAGUGCAGAUAUCCCAGGGUUAUUCUGCUUUCAGACGUUGUGGUGCUGUGACAGCAGGAGUUAUUGCUCCACUUACAACACAUUUACUACUGUAGAUUCAGGGCUUUCACUCUGAUAACUGCUGUGAUAGAGCAACAAAUCUGGAGAUAAACCUUUACAACCCACUCAAUCAAACCUCUGCCAAUCUUAGCUUCUUGGUUACACUCUGGGGGCACAAAGCAAUCCAAAGGUCAGAUUUGUGCUGAGUUCCAUGUCCAAUCAGUGCAGUGGACUCAAGGUGGGGGGUUGAUCAUUAACUGGAUGUUAAUGAUGUAGUGAUGGCUGGUCAGCCCCAUUCAUGGCUCUCAUUCAUGGCUCUCAGCCCCGCGGGCUGUUGGUCACUCCUCCCUCCUGGUGUCA